AUGACCUUUGCUCGAUCUUUCAACUGCCCGACGGAUUCCAUGUGCUGCUUCCAGAGUCAUCAGUCGUUGACGUCGAUCAAGCAGUCGGUCACUAAUACUGGAGGCUGCACGCCUGUUACCGAGCCCGACAUUCACAAUGGGCAGUGCCGCAACAAGAACGAACUAGUAACGCAGUGUGAGUCGCAGCGCUUCGCCAAAUCCAGCAACUGCGCCGCCGACCAGUUCUGCUGUUUUGCGCCGCCGUCUGUACAAUGCACACCGUCUACCGCACCGAGCGUUAACAAUGGCGUCUGCGUCAACAAAGGCGACCUUUCAAAACAGUGCAAAAAUCAAGCCUUCUCCAAAUCGUCUAACUGCAGUUCUAGUGCCGAUCAGUUCUGCUGUUUUGACCGCACCAGUGUUAAAAAUAUGGCGGUUUCCGGUGGUAAUUGCGUGCCUAAUACCGACAAAUCGGUCAUCGAUGGCGUUUGCCUGAACCCGGAUCAACUGACAGGACAGUGUAUUAACGGAAGGUUCUCGAAAUCCGACAACUGCGACGACAACCAGUUCUGUUGUUUUGACAACGGAGCGUCCGAUAAGGGAACAGCGUCUGCAGGUUGCAGUCCAGCAACAGAACCGGAUGUCACGAAUGGUGUCUGCGUCAACAGGAAUCAACUAACAUCGCAGUGUGGUACCAAGCGAUUCGCAAAGUCUACCGGGUGCUCACCUGACCAGUUCUGUUGCUUUGAUACGCCCACCGCUGCUAAGUCUACUGGGCAGUGCACACCUAACUCGCAGCCAACGAUCAACACCGGUACUUGCAUAAACCGAGGCGAUCUCACAACGCAGUGCAAGAACAACAAAGCCUUCUCAAAAUCAGUUAACUGCAGCGACGAUCAGUUCUGCUGCUUCGAUGCGUCAAACAUUGCCAACAAACUGGAAACCGGCACGGCGAUGUGUUCGCCCAACACGGCACCGGAUGUCAAAAAUGGAAUGUGCGUCGAUAAAUCACAGUUGCAUUCCCAAUGCAACGAUUUACGCAUUUCCAAAUCCUCCCAAUGUUCCAGUGAACAGUUCUGCUGCUUCGAAGGAGACCGACUGCUGCCGGAUGUCGUUAUUGCGCCCAAGACUCGUGUGUGUCGUCCAUCGAGCGACCCGGCUUCCAGCGGCAAAUGCGUGGCUCGCAGUAACCUCAUGGACAAAUGUGGAUCGAUGACCUUUUCAAAAUCGGGAGACUGUUCGCCUGAUGAAUUCUGCUGUUUUGAAAACAACGUGAAACAGAUUGCCUUACAGACGUGCUCGCCUAGCAGCGACACCUCGGUUCACGAUGGCUGGUGUGUGGCGAAAGGCGAUCUCCAGACUGACUGUGAAAAUGCCAGGGUGUCUAAAUCAGGCGACUGCCGGCAAGAUCACUGGUGCUGCUUCAAAGGCCACCUCGAAUCAUCCUCUCCCAAGAUCGAAGUACCACAUUCAUGCACUCCUAUUGUGGAGCCGACUCUCAACAAUGGCACAUGCGUUGAGAAGGAACGCCUGCGUGAGCAAUGCUCUGACCGUUCAUUCUCCCGGUCCACCGACUGCAAGAUUGGUCAAAUGUGCUGUUUCAAUCGUCUGGGUCUGGACGGACAGAAGGAAACCGUGCAGAGCACUUGCACACCGGCCAGCGCCCCUGAUGUGCACAACGGCUUGUGCUUGAACCCCGACCAACUGUCCACUCAGUGUAUGGGGCAGCGCUUCUCCAAAUCCAACGACUGUGGCCGCCAACAGUUCUGCUGCUUCGCCAAUCCUGAACCAGACGUUGCGUGCACACCGAUCACGGAACCAACGGUCACCAACGGCACGUGUGCCAGUUCGGCCGAGCUCGCCACGAAAUGCGCCGAUCUGGUUUUUGCCAAAUCGGACAACUGUGACAAGCAGGAUUUCUGCUGCUUUACCAACCCAGUCAGCCGCUUGAAGGUGCCGACUCUGAUCGCCGGCAGCUGCAGUCCCAAUUCGGAGCCGCAGGUCACCAACGGAGUGUGCACCAAUAUUCGGGAUCUGAAGGAGAAAUGCGGGACGCAACGGCUGUCAAAGUCCAUCAACUGCGCCGACAAUCAAUUCUGCUGUUUUGCCAGUCAAGACGACAAAACGACCGUUAAAAUGCAGCAGUCUGGUAGCGCUUGCAUACCCACCAGCAGUCCCAACACGAAGGAGGGCACAUGCCUGAACCUGGACCAGAUCACCACGCAGUGCCAGAAUAAACGAUUGUCCAAAUCACCAAACUGUAAUUCCCAGCAAUUCUGCUGCUUCACAGCUGAGACAAAAGAGAGCACCAACCAAAGGUCACCGUGCGUACCGAACAGCGAUACUACCAUCAACAAUGGUCAGUGUAUGCCGUUGGAACUCCUUGAAAGCCAGUGUCAGGGAAUGUCCUUGUCGAAAUCAGAAAACUGCCCGAUCGAAGAAUUCUGCUGUUUCAACCGCAAUAUGCAGAAUAAGCAGUCGCCGCCGGAUUUCGUGCCAACCGGCUCACCAACCCUGGGCUCGCCCACACCGCCUCCACCGCAAGAGAACACCACGGUAACCUUGGUGGGUUCCCUGUCCGGUGCCGGAUGCAGUCCCAACAAUCAUCCGGAUGUGACCAGUGGUACGUGCAUUCCGGCCAACAGUGUCGCAGCACGCUGUGCCGGCAAACAGUUUGAUCGGUCUAAAGGUUGCGCCGACGACAAUGUCUGCUGCUAUACUCCGACCAGCAACACUGAGUCCAUUCAGACUGCCAACCAGUGUGCGCCGGAAACCGACCCAACGAUUACCAAUGGAGUCUGCUUGGAUGAAUCACAGCUGGCAGCACAAUGUGCGGGCCGCUCUUUCGCCAGAUCUUUCAACUGCGCAACUGGUCAGAAAUGUUGUUUUGAUCGCAACAACAAGAAGGACAAAAUCUCAACUGACCCUGAUACUUCCGGCUUGCAGGUCGCUCCGGCAGUUUCCGGUAUACGCUGCAGUCCUAACAGCCAGCCCGAAGUAACAAACGGCACAUGCAUGAAGGUUCGCGAUCUCCGAAUGAACUGCCUGGAAAAGCGUGCAUCGCCAUCCGAAGACUGUCCGCGCUUUAGUUGGUGCUGUUUCGACGCGCCAUCCUCCACGAACGAAAUCGUUGCACUGGCGACAACAACAACAACAGCGCAGCCAGCAUUGACAGUCAGUCCGAACCGCGAACAAGUGGCCAGCUCCGCACCGCUGUGCAUCCCGAUGAGCAGUCCAUUCUCCAACGGAUUCUGCUUGAACAUGGACAAGGUCAACACCCAAUGUCAGGGUCAGCGUCUCUCAAAAUCAGUUAACUGUGCCAAGGAGCAGUUCUGCUGCUUCCAGACCGAACCGGACAAGGAACAGCAGCUGCAAGUAGAACAGCGGGCCAUGUGCAUCCCCAGCAGUGACCCCACGGUGGUCGGAGGGCGAUGUACCAACGCGAAAGAUCUGGCUAACGCAUGUGCCAAUCAAGCUCUGUCGAAAUCGGAGAACUGCGAGGCCGAUCAGUUCUGCUGCUUUACCCGAGCAGAAACGGUAGCACAGAACAAGGUCACCACCGCCGGGUGUAGUCCGAGCACCGAGUCAUCCGUGAUCAACGGCACGUGCUUGGAUGCCAAUCAGCUAGUCCAGCAAUGCUCCACGAAACGCUUUGCCAAAUCGCAGAACUGUGCCACCAAUCAGUUCUGUUGUUUUGAUAUGCCGACAUCCGUGGGCGGACAGUGCGUACCAGAAACCGACGCCAGCGUGACCAAUGGUCAGUGCGUGGGGACAAAUCAGCUGUCAGCGCAGUGCGCAUCGAAAUCGUUUGCCCGAUCGGCUAAUUGUGCUAUCAACGAGAAGUGCUGUUUCGACCGCAGCAGUACUUCUAACAAGAUUCUCCUGCUCCCAGCCGGCACAUGCAGUCCAUCAACGGAUCCAUCGGUCACAAGUGGCGUGUGCUUGAACGUCGAUCAGUUGACGGCUCAAUGUGGCACCAGUGAUAAGCGCUUCUCCAAAUCCGAGAACUGCAACAACGACCAGUUCUGUUGUUUCGGCAAUGAAGACAACAAGAUAGCCGGACGCGGGUGCAGUCCCAAAUCCGAACCGCAAAUCAAUAACGGCAGUUGUCUGGAUGUCAACCAGCUAGUGGGUCAGUGCCGCGGAAAAGCCUUCUCCAAGUCACAAGACUGCGAUGCCGGUCAGUUCUGCUGUUUUGACCUUUCACAGGCCAUGAGCGGGACGCAGUGCUCACCGCAAACCGAACCUGCUUCAAAGGGCAUGUGUGUCAGCGAGACCCAGCUGAACAGUCAAUGCGGUUCAAAAUUCUUCUCCCGCUCAUCCCAGUGCGGCGACAGAGAGAUGUGUUGUUUUGAUCGGGUAGCUGAUAAGCAGAACGUCGCGGGAUGUAGUCCAGUUACGAAUCCUGCCGUCACAAAUGGCGCUUGUUUGACACGCAACCAACUAACACCGAUGUGUUCCAACAAGCGCUUCGCGAAGUCUCAGAAUUGCCCGAGUGAUCAGUUCUGCUGUUUUGAUGCUGCGGCUUCAACCUCGUCUGGAGGGCAAUGCAUUCCGGAAACCAACCCGACGGCCAGUGGUCAGUGCAUCGCAACUGCUCAGCUCUCCGCCCAGUGCGCAUCCAAGACAUUCUCGCGCUCUUCAAAUUGCGGCAGCAACGAGAAAUGCUGCUUUGACCGUACAGCAACGAAAGUGGACGCCACAUCAGCUGCCCAGUGUUCACCGGAAACAGAUCCCAGCAUCACCGACGGUGCCUGUCUGGAUAAGAGCCAACUGGUCACUCAGUGCAGCGGUAAAUCGUUUGCUCGAUCCUUCAACUGCGGUAGCAGUCAGGUCUGCUGCUUCGAUCGUAAUACCCAACCGGUAAAGGUGAAGCUGGUAGUCGGCACAUGCCGCCCGUCCACCGAUCCGACCGUCAUGAACGGUGCGUGCCUCAAUGUCGACCAACUGACCACUCAGUGCGGCAGCAGCGACAAACGCUUCUCCAAAUCCGAUGACUGCGGUAGCGACCAGUUCUGCUGUUUUGGCAACGAGAACGCCGAUAAGGCCACUGGAAGCUGCAGUCCCGUCACCGAGCCGGCAAUCACCAACGGUACCUGCCUGAACGCUAACCAACUGACGGCGCAGUGCAGUGCCAAACGCUUCUCCAAGUCUAAAGACUGCGAUACCAACCAGUUCUGCUGUUUCGAUGGGGUUAACCAGGCUUCGUCCAGUCAGUGCUCUCCGCAAACCGCCCCAACGGUCACCAAUGGAGUCUGUGUCAACAAGGAUCAACUGUCCAGUCAAUGCGGAUCGCGCUUCUUCUCCCAAUCGUCCAAUUGCGGCAGCGGCCAAAUGUGCUGCUUUGACCGCGAGGCAACCAAGAUCGCCGUCGGAGGAUGCAGUCCCAGUGUCAACCCUUCGGUGACCAAUGGUACCUGUUUAAACAAAGACCAACUAGCGCCACAGUGCGGUGCUAAACGCUUUGCCAAAUCAACCGGAUGUGCGGAUGACCAAUUCUGCUGUUACGAUUUCGGCAACGUCGAGUCGAUACCGGCGGCGUCGCAGUGCGUGCCGGAAACCGACGCGAGCGUUAUGGACGGAACCUGCGUACCGAAUAACCAAUUAAACCAACAAUGUGGCUCGAAAUCCUUCGCCCGGUCUUUCAACUGCGCAUCGAACGAAAAGUGCUGCUUCAACCGCAACAAGGUCGCGGAUGGCGUUACCGGCAGCGGAUGCAGUCCGAUGACAAAUCCUUCCGUCACCAACGGCACCUGUCUGAACAAGGACCAAUUGCCCUCACAGUGUGCCGCCAAGCGAUUCGCUAAAUCCACCGGAUGUGCGGACGAUCAGUUCUGCUGUUUCGAUUUCGGAAGUGUCCAGUCCGUGCAGUCCGCAUCGCAAUGUGUACCGGAAACCGACCCGUCAGUAACAGAUGGAAAGUGCGUGGCCAGUGAUCAGCUGACGGCGCAGUGCGGCACCAAGUCAUUCGCCCGGUCGUUCAACUGUGCCCAAAACGAGAAGUGCUGUUUCGAUCGCAAUAAAGUCUCAACCGGGGUUAAAAUCGACUUUGUCAACGGUAGCAACAUCAACCUGCAAGUUGCUCACUGCACACCGAACAGCGAGCCGACCAUCAACAAUGGAAUCUGUCUCAACGUCCGGGAACUUUCCGUGCACUGCGUCGACAAGUUCGCAUCGCCGUCACCAGAUUGUCCGCGCCUCAGCUGGUGCUGCUUUGAAAAUCCUAAUGCAAAGGGCACCGAGAACACCGACACUCCCAAUACUGAUGGCAACCGCCAACAGACCACGAAAUCCUGCACGCCGAACAGUGACCCUACCGUUCACGAUGGUAUGUGUGUUCAGCGAGGUCAAUUGAACACGGUGUGCCGUGGGGGACGAUCGGGCAAGUCACCGGACUGCGCCAGCUCCGAGUUCUGCUGCUUCAACAUCACUGUCGCCACCGACGCAGUCAAACUACCGCCGCUCCCGUCCUGCACACCCAAUACCGACUCCUCCGUCCACGAUGGUCAGUGUAUGAAGAUGCGCGAGUUAAGCGUCAACUGUAUCGAUCGACGCGCCGCACCCUCGCUGGACUGCGCCUUCGGGCAGUGGUGCUGCUUUGGUGAAUCAACAAGCGACAACACCUCUCCCGCUCCGGUUACCGACACCGUGGUCGUGGAACCCACCGUGGAGACUCCCGACUCGUGCGCUCCUAACAAGAACAAAGCGCUGCGCGGGCAGUGCAUGACCUUACGGGACAUCAACGCCAACUGUACUGACCGGCAAGCCGGUCCCUCGGAAGACUGCGAAUUUGGUACCUGGUGCUGUUAUGUGGAACCCGGUAAGAAAUUCGUCACGGAGAAGGAGAGUAUGCAGGCGGCGCCGGUGGUGGAGACACCGCAGGUGGUCGCUCAGGUCACAGCCGGACAGGCCUGUGUCCCUAACGCCGAUCCCAAUGCCACAGACGGAACAUGUAUGCCAACCAAAGAUCUCAGGAUAAAGUGCCGGAACCGUCGGGUGUCUAAGUCACCGCAGUGUAAAUUAGGCCACUGGUGCUGCUUUGCUUCAGCGGAGCCGCUGGAUUUUGCCGGCAAUGUGUCACCGGUCGGGCGGAGUCUCAAGGGCCUCGGCACCCUGUAAAGCGCAAAACGUACAAAGAGAUGAUCUACGCUCAAAAUGAUUUUCUGUGAAUCUGUGGUAUAACUGAAGUGUCUUGCAUCCUUCGACGGCGAAAAUGGAAUGUUGGACAGGUUUUUUAUGCGAAUUGUUGGCUGCAUUUCAGAUUGUUAUAUGUGUGUCCAGUUCUCCUCGGGGUGCUGUGCAUCUCAGUCUGCGGUUAUUGUUAUGUUCGUCCUAUUGCCCGUUAUUUCCUUAUUAUUUUUAUUAAUUUUGUUUAUUCUGCUUUUAUCGAUUAAAUAUAA